UAAACCUCUGGACAUAUGUGGCCAGGUAAAGAAUGCCAAAGAGCCCUCCUGAAGAAGGGAUUGUCUGCCUGUCACUCUCACACAGAAGGGAUGACAUGUCCAGGCCUGGGAGAUGGCUAGAGGGAUAUUGGACAGGGUUUGAUAGGGUUGUAUGUCAAUAGAGGAGACGGACGGGGACAUGUGCCUUCACAGGAUAUUUGAUACAAUAGGAAUACAGCGUACCCCAAAAUAUCACUCCAUGUGCUUAUUAAAGAAUUUAGUUGGAUCAAGUUUGGGGAGCAGUUGCAAGUUCCCCCCAGGGUUUUGAGCCGCUUCCCAACAGUGUCCCCCGAACCCACCCCAGCACCCCCUUCCUCACCUUCUGAGCCCUCCCAGUCCGGCCAGGCUGCGACGGAAAUCUGCUCAGCCACUUGGGAUGGAAAGUGGGGUGCCUCUUCUGCCCCAGAGGAAGGAAACACACCUUCUGGCCACGGAGCCUGUGGGUCUGGCACUCGCUGGGCUGUCCCUUGCCCAACAGAAGACAGACAUGGAUAUGAUGCGUUGUGUUGUCAAAGGCUUUCAUGGCUGCAAUGACUGCCUUGCACUGAGUUUUCGGGGCCGUAUGGCCAUGAUCCAGAAGCAUUGUCUCCUGACGUUUCACCCACAUCUAUGGCAGGCAUCCCUAGGCAAGAGAGGUGUAUCUAUCUGUGGGAGGUCAGGCAGGAUGCAGCCAGGCUUUGAAUCUGCAAGGCCAUUCAAUGCUAGUGAAGGUGGCCAAUGGCAACAUUCCCAUUGGCCUCUACCUGCCAAGGGUUCUUUUUCCCACCCUGGACAUUAUUCCACAGGGAUAUAUAUAAACCACACUGGCCUAGUUUCCAACAGACCUCACCACCUCUGAGGAUGCCAGCCAUAGAUGUGGGCGAAACGUCAGGAGAGAAUGCUUCUGGCACAUGGGCAGGCAGCUGGAAAACUCACAGGAACGCAAUGAUGCCAUUUGUUUCUGGGAUAGUUUCUUACCCAUUGCCCAUCAGAGAGUAGUAGCAUCCCUCUCUGAGGUUCCCCCCAACCCUGGCUGAGUCCCUGCCCUCCCUUUGGCUUCUCUGGCACCCCCGAGCAGGGCCAGCCCCCCCUCCCUCCCCCCCUCCCUCUCCCUCCCUCUACGUGGAGUUCCCCACCAGGCCUGUCCCUGCCAGGGACCCCCAGGCCGAGGGAGGCGGGGAGGGGGCUCUUCGGGAGGAACAGCCUCGUGGGGGUCCUUCCCGCAGUGCUGCUCCUUUAAGGCCAAGCCCCGCCUCUCUUUGGUUCCAGGGUGACGUCACGGCAAGGCCAGCCCCGCCCCGAUCCCUUGGAAACAGGCAGGCAGAGGGGAGGGGGGCCUCCGCGGGCGGAAGUGAGGGGGCGCUUCCGGUUGGGCCCAGCCGAGGGAGAGGCGCCAACUCUUCGCGUGUUCCUCGGGAGCCUCGCGCGGACUCAGAACCCGGACCCUUCCCCCGGCAGAGAAGGCUGUCCUGCGGAAGGAGGGAGGCUGCAGGGUGGGAGUGGCAGAAGAGGCUCCAGGCUGAAGUGGAAAAGAACCUGCAGGUGCAGAAAGGUGACUUCUGAACAAGUUCUGCAAAGAACACAGCGUGAGAGCUUUGCCCGAGGAGUGCUCUAAGUCUAAAGUGACUUCAAGAUACACAGCAAUGACAACAAGAAAAAAUAAGUAGUAGAAAAAUAUAUUACAAGCUACAACCCUAUGCAGUUAAGAGGAGGAAAGAAGAUUGUGAUGAAAAAAAAAGAGGCUUGGAAAGCGAGCAGAAGGCUACAGCAAUACAAAGACUGUGCUGAUCGGGAGGUUAUAUCUGUGAACCCCUGGCAUAAUAUUUGAAUUAUAAAUAUAAAAGAAUGGCAAGUCCUCUACCUCCCUAUCCUAAAUCACGCACAGGGGAGAAGUUGCAUCAGUGUAUGGAAUGUGGGAAACAAUUUGAUUGGAAAAGUUCUCUUACUAGACAUGAACGGACCCACACAGGGGAGAAGCCCUAUAAAUGCAUGGAAUGUGGAGGAAGCUUCAGUCAGAGUGGCAGUCUACGUUCCCAUCAAAGGACCCACAUAGGGGAGAAGCCAUAUAACUGCAUGGAAUGUGGAGAAAGCUUCAGUUGGAGUGGCAGUCUACGUUCCCAUCAAAGGACCCACACAGGGGAGAAGCCACAUAAAUGCAUGGAAUGUGGAAAGAGCUUCAGUCGGAGUGACAGUCUACGUACCCAUCAAAGGACCCACACAGGGGAGAAGCCCUAUAAAUGCAUGGAAUGUGGAGGAAGCUUCAGUCAGAGUGGCCGUCUACGUUCCCAUCAAAGGACCCACACAGGGGAGAAGCCAUAUAAAUGCAUGGAAUGUGGAGGAAGCUUCAGUCAGAGUGGCCGUCUACGUUCCCAUCAAAGGACCCACACAGGGGAGAAGCCACAUAAAUGCAUAGAAUGUGGAGAAAGCUUCAGUCGCAGUGACAAUCUACGUUUCCAUCAAAGGACCCACACAGGAGAGAAGCCCUAUAAAUGCAUGGAAUGUGGAAAGAGCUUCUGUAAGAGAAGCGGUCUAUGUUCCCAUAAAAUGACCCACACGGGGGAGAAGCCCUAUAAAUGCAUAGAAUGUGGAGAAAGCUUCCAUCAGAGUGACAGUCUACGUUCCCAUCAAAGGAAGCACACAGGGGAGAAGCCACAUAAAUGCAUGGAAUGUGGAAAAAGUUUCAGUCAGAUUGGCAAUCUGCGUUCACAUCAAAGGACCCACACAGGGGAGAAGCCACAUAAAUGCAUGGAAUGUGGACAAAGCUUCAGUCAGAGUGGACAUCUACGUUCCCAUGAAAGGACCCACACAGGGGAGAAGCCAUAUAAAUGCAUGGAAUGUGGAGAAAGCUUCCGUCGGAGUGACAGUCUACGUUCCCAUCAAAGGAAGCACACAGGAGAGAAGCCAUAUGAAUGCAUGGAAUGUGGAAAGAGCUUCUGUUGGAGUGGCAGUCUACAUUCCCAUCAAAAGACUCACAUGGGAGAUGCCAUAUAAAUGCAUGGAAUGUGGAGAAGGCUUCAGUCAGAGUGACCAUCUGCAUUUCCAUCAAAGGACCCACACAAGGGAGAAGCCAUAUAAAUGUACCGAAUGUGAAAAGAGCUUUAGAAAAAGUUCAGCAUACAGUAGACAUCACA